AUGUCAUACGGGCGUUACAAGACCACAGAAGAAAUCGAAAGUGAGGAAAACCCCACCGAGUUCUGGAUUGAAGGCUCCCCGAGGCGUGCCAACUACAAGCGCAGUGAGGAGGAUGUUAUAAGUCACUUCACUACUCUUCAAUCUAAACGAAAAGAAGGGAAGUUGCCGGAAUACGAUCCUUACUGGGACAAAGAGCUCUUGAGUGACCUUACCAAGGCUGGGGGCACUAUUCGCAACAUCGUCACACUGGAUCUUGGUAGUCUUUGCUACUGCGACGAAUCAGACUUCGAAGGUAUCGCGCGGGCACAUCUGUUCGCUCGCAGUAUUCUCAAAGUAUUGUCCGACGCGGCAAACGAGGUGACAAGGUCGGGCAGCCUUGACCCGUUAGAAGGGGCUAGAUUUAUUUGUGAAGAUGAUCAUUACGGAAAGGAGGAUCUCAAGUACCUUGGAAUGAGUUACCUGAGUGACGGAACGGAGGGAUGGACCAAUGGCGGUCGCAUCCUGCAGAGAAACAGCAACGAGGGCGUAGGUUGGUCUUACCUUGAAGGAGGCAACGGCGACUACAUCUUCAUCACCUUCAACCCCAAGAAUCCCAUUCGCCAGCUUCUCGCCAAUUUGCUCUACACAGCCGAUGAAUUAAAAGAUAGUUCAACCUGGAGGACCGCGAAGCUUGCCAAGCCUCGCGCAAUCAUUUGUCGAGAUCCAACAAAGGAAGGCAUAGACGAGCGAGAUCCAACCGAUUACCGUGUCAGGAACUGGUUCAACAUGCACUACGACCAAGUACACAAGUUUGAUGAGGGUACCGGGAAUAAGAUAUGGGGAGGAAACAUCUAUCUCUACACCUUGAAGGCUAAGGUUUAA